AUGGUUUCUUUUAAAGAAAUCAGCACCAAAGUAACGGCUAUCUACAUACAGUUUUCGAUCAUGAUGAUGAUGAUCAUCAUCAUACAAGAUUCAAGAGCCAGGGAGUUACGACCGUCCGAUCAUGGGCUGGAGUACCAGAGCAUGCCACCAACUGGGGUGAAAUUUCCACCUGACAUGAAAGAAUUCUUUGGAUCAUCUUCAGCGGCUACAAAUAAGACUUCUUCAUCGUCGUCUGGUGUAGCAUUGCCUAAAGCAAUGAACUCAAGCGACACCUCGUGGUGGAGAACUGUUGGUGGUGGUGGUGGUAAAGGCGGUAGUGGUGAUCAUGUGAGGCACGUGCUGUUGGUGGCAAGCUUGGUGUGUGGGGUCACGGGUUUGGGUUUGUUAGUUACUUCUGCUUUGAUUUACUACUUUAUCAGGCAUAAAAACCAAUCACCAUCAUCGUCGUCAACAACAAAUAAUAAUCAUAGGAGUAUUAUCGUAUAUGCAGGUAAAGAUUAA